GAGAAGAGGAGACGGAGAAGGAGCAGCAGAACGGGAUGAUGGAAGCUGGAGGAGCAAGUAAUUAUCAUCUUCCGGAGGAAUUGAUGAUUGAAAGUAUUCUGACGAGAUUACCAUUCCGGACUCUAGCAGUUUGCUCUAUAAUCAGUAAGUACUGGGCUGAGAUAUUUGUCCGCAGUUAUUUACGUCCUGCUGGGGGAUACAUCGGUCAUGGUUUUGGUUUUGAUUCAUUAUCACAAGUAUACAAGGUUGUAAUUAUUUUUACUUCAGAAGCCGACAAUGAGUUUCUUUGCAUGGUCCUUACAUUGGGAACCAUGUCAUGGAGAAAGAUACUUACUAGUAUUGUUGAUAUCUCACCACCACCGGGUUCUUCUCCUUUUCCUAGUCCAAUGGUCACUAAUGUUUCAACAACAUUUUAUAGACAAGCCACCUUUUGCAGGGGUGAUCUUUUCUGGAGGACGAAGAGUACAGUUAGUAAUGGUAAUGACAUUGAAAUGUUGCUCUCGUUCGACCUCCACAAGGAGAAGAUCCACUUCAUUCAAUUCCCCACCGAAUGUACUCUGACGUCAACACCGACAACUGAUCAGCGCCAGUAUUUAGCAGAUGAUCAUCUUCUGGAGUUUAAAGGAUACCCUUGUAUUGCACAUUCUGAGAGGAUAACAACAAGAUCCAACAAUGAUCAUUACGGACAUCGUUGUAAUUAUCAGGCCGGUGUAUGUUGUUGUUGUUACAAGGUUCAUAUGUAUAUAUUGAAGGACAAGGACAAGCAAGUAUGGACCAGGGAGGAAACUUUUAAUGUUCAGAUUAUGGAUCAGAAAGGUUUACUACCAACUCCCCUCUGUUGCUUAAUAAAAAAGAAAACUCCCUUCUAUCGGUGCUUUAACACUUCUGUUGCUACGCCUCGUACACGUAUAUUGACUUUCUCCGAUCAGGUAUUAUUGUAUUGGUUUAAUGGGGAACGUCUUAUACUCUACAAUUUGCAAGAGAAAUAUCUCAAGGCAGUGGAAUGCUCCCGCUCCUAUCCUCGUAUUUUUCAAACUAAGAUGAAUGAAGAUCUAGAGCGUCGUAUUGGUGAUGAUGAUAAUAUUUAUUGCCCGUCCAUGGAUUAUCAGCUGCACGCUCAAGUGGAGAACAUCGUUUCUCUGGAAACCUUCAUCCCUAAAGAAGCUAAAACUAGUGUAUGUAAUAAUGCCAAGCUGAAGCACCUUUAUGAUAACAACCUAAUUGCAGGGUGGUUGACUUUGAGAAGAAAACGCAUUGCUUAUGCUUUCUCUUAGUUUGUUUUGUCCUAUUUCAGUUUCUAUUCAGACUACUAAUUUUUAUUUGAC